AUGUCCAAGGGUGAUGUUGAUGCUUUAGGAACUUUACGUUUAUUAGAUGCCAUAAGGACUGUUGGUUUAACAAAUCAUGUUAGGUUUUAUCAGGCAUCCACAUCUGAACUUUAUGGUAAAGUUGUGGAAACUCCACAGUCAGAAACCACACCAUUUUAUCCUCGUUCACCCUAUGGUGUAGCUAAACUUUAUGCCUAUUGGAUUGUUGUCAAUUACCGCGAAGCAUACAAUAUGUUUGCUUGCAAUGGUGUUUUGUUCAAUCACGAAUCUCCACGUAGAGGUCGUACUUUUGUAACUCGUAAAAUUUCUAGAGCCGUAGCUGAAAUUCACUUAAAUAGACAAAGCUGCCUAUAUCUUGGUAACAUUGAUUCUAAGCGUGAUUGGGGUCAUGCAAGAGAUUAUAUUGAGGGGAUGUGGUUGAUGUUACAACAAGAUCAGCCAGAUGAUUUUGUUUUAGCCACAGGUGAAACUCACACUGUCCAAGAAUUUGUUGAAAAAGCAUUUGCUGUAAUUAAUAAAACCAUUGUUUGGAAAGGCGAAGGUGAAGAUAUGGUUGGAAGUGAAGCUGACACUGGAAUAGUUCGUGUGCGUGUAGAUCCAAAAUACUUUCGUCCAACUGAAGUUGAUCUUUUACUCGGUAAUCCUACUAAAGCUUAUAAUAAACUUGGUUGGAAACGUAAAGUUGAUUUUGAUUCACUUGUAAAGGAAAUGGUUUUGGCUGAUAUUGAGGGAGCCAAAUCAUUUAUAAUAGCAUAG